UCAAAAAGUCGCUUGUGCUUCUGAGCCAUGGGAACAUCGAGGCUUGUCCUGUUGGCCUUCGGCCUGUUGGCCGAGGCACAUAAAAAAGUGGCAUAUCGCUUUGUGCAGCUCACUGAUAUCCACAUGGAACCCUUCUACAACCCGCACAAUGGGCACAACAAGGGCGACGUGUGUCGCGUGGACGAAGCCUUCAACAAAUCUCAGUGCAUCCCCUUCCGCAUCGAGCCGGAAGCCUCCAUCUAUCCCUUCGGCCGACUGAACUGUGAUGCGCCCCACGCGCUCAUGCGGUCCCUCUUCAAGCACAUCGAGACCGUGGCCACUGAAGUGAAGAAGAAGGGCGCACUCUUCGGGAUCUUCACGGGGGACAUCCCCAGCCAUCAACUGUCCUGCCAGCGGCACCAGGGCAAGACCAUCGAGUUCGUGGUGUCGCACAUGGCCAAGAAUCUGAAGCCGGUUCUGGGCAAGAUCUACCCGUUGAUGGGCAACAACGACUUCUUUCCCAACUACAAUGUGUCCUUGGAGCCGAACAGCGCUUGGCAGGAGUUGGUGGCCUCCAUCUACGAGGCCAACGGCUUGCUGGGCGGCCCGCAGCUCGAGACCUUCAAGCGCGGGGGGUUCUACUCCGCGGAGCCGGUGAAAGGCCUGAAGCUGAUCGCGCUGAACACCGUGGUGUGGAGCCAGAAGGUGCUGGACUGGGAGUCGACGCAGACCAAGGAGGUGGUGGACAUCCCGGCGGUGGACGAGGCCACGUGGAGUGGGCCCAACGCCCCCAUUCCAGUGGCCGACAUCAGCGGCUGGUCCUGGAACACCGACGUGGUGAGCCACAAGGAGCUUUGGCCCUGCGAGAAGCGGCCGAGGGACCCCUACGGCCAGCUGGCCUGGCUGGAGGCGGAGCUCCGCGCGGCGCGGGAGGCCAAGCAGCGGGUGGUGAUCGCCGGGCACGUGCCGCCGGGGAACAAGGUGGGUGACAACAACUUCUGCGUGCAGUACCUCCGAGACCUGACACGCCUGGUCCGAGAAAACGCGGAUCUUAUCGAGGUGCAGAUCUAUGGCGACCACUCCAAUGAUGAGUUUCGAAUGGUGUGGUCAGAUGACAAAGGCGAGGCGCACGCAGUUUCCUCGGUCCUGGUGAGCGCAGGAGUGACGCCUCGUAAGCAUUGCAAUCCUUCCUGGCGGCUCUUCGAAGUGACCGAAGAUCAUCGCGUACAUGACUUCACUCAGUACUACUUGCCGCUGGUGGCCACGGACAUCGUUUGGUCCACGAAGCCCGAGUGGGUGAAAUUGCACAGGGAGGGCAAGGACGAGCUUCUGUCAUCCAAGUUUUGGAGGAAGCAGUAUUCCUUCCGCGAGCAGUAUGGUGUGGGUCUGAGCCCGCCAGAGCUGGAAAUGCUGUGGGUGAAGAUGCAGAGCAGCCCCAAACUGCUAAAGGACUACUUGGCGCAAAUGUUUUCUCAGACGGUGGGGGUGCACGAUUACUUCGACUAUAUUUGUGACAUGCGGUACCUGGAUGAGGAGGAGAACGAAGAAUGCUACAAGCGCGGGCGCUUGCUGAGUGCGGCUCCGCCUCCUGUGGCAGUUGAGGCGAUCGACUUUGCCGAGGUCGACCACGAGAACACCGGCCCGAAAUACGUCCAAAUCCAUCCUGCCAUGCUCGGCUCCUUAAUCGGGUGCCUGUUGAUUACCACAGGCUCCACCCUGUACUUAUUUGUGAGGUCCCGUGCCGCGUCCAAGGAUGUGUACUUGCAAAUGCCAUGAUGUAAGGCAGGCAGCCUUGCCAAUCCGAAUGUAUUAAUUAUUCGCAUGCCUCGAGCAUCUCGGGUCCAAAACGCCUUAGUUGAGGUCCACAACCUUCCAAACUUCCCUAAAACCCCUUCAAUGGAGGGUCCUGUCUGAUGCUUUGGGUGUAAGGCAGGCAGCCUUACCAAUCUGAAUGUAUUUGCGCGAUGCGACUUCGAGG